CACCCAAAGUGAUGAUUGUUGAUGAGUUCGGUGAUCCACUACAGGAAAAAUAUUACGAAAUCGAUUCAACAUUGCAGCUGUCAUGUGUGGUCCGGAAUGUCGCCAUGGCCACAUCGGUCGUGUACUGGAAACAUGGUGAUGACACACUCAACUAUGAUGUGACGCGCGGUGGAAUCAGCGUUAAAACGGAACUGAUGGACGAUGGCGCCAACUCGACGUUAUCCAUAGCGAAAAUCAACAAGUCCGACUCGGGCAACUAUACGUGCGCAAUUAGUGAUUUUCAAAAUUUCAGCAUAGUUGUGCAUAUACUGAAUGGCGAAAGUUUUGCCGAAUUGCAUCAUGGCGCUGCAGCGCCCACGGUUCCUAACGCGUUCCACCAACAGUUGGCCAUUCAGUUGCUUAGCCUGCUGCUACUGCUGUUGCUGCUACACUCGCCACAUCACGCGCUACACAUAAACAGGUAAAAGUUACUCAAUUAACCAAAAGCGGAGGGAAGCGAAAAUUCUAUGUGGAGAGAAAGCAACUGCGAAAUUGUGGAAAUGCCAAAUGCCAUUCGGAAGGAUGUGAAGGGAAAGCAGAUGGCGUAGAAGUUGUUGAGGAGACAGUUUACGGCGUUGUAGUUGAAUUUUAUAAUUUCACUAAUUAAGUAAGUUAAGUAAGAAAAUGUAACAAUUAAUUAAAGUAAUUAGUUAACGAAUCAAAAAUUAGGAAAUACAUACGUACAUACAUACUUAUUUAUAUACAUACUGAGUAUUAAUGUUUAGUCUUAUACAAUGGAUAAUGAAAUUUGAUGUGUAAGCGUUUGUGUGUGUGUGUGAGUGGGUGUGUGUGGAAAAAUGAGAAU